AUGUUUAUAGCUCAAUCAAGAUCCACUCCACUUAGUUCAGAAAUCCAACAUGUAUUCACCAUCAGAAGAAGGAAAAUCAGUCAGAUUUGUAGAUAUAAUAAGUCUUGUUGCAAAGUUAAAGCUGUGAUUCAAAGUGGAAAUGAUAACAAGACAGUGAAAGAUGCAAACUUUAUGGAGAAAUCUAUGGAAGAGAGUAAUGGGUUGUUGGUAUCUUCUGGUAAAGGGAGAGAUGUGAAGGCAGUGAUAACUUUGAGGAAGAAGAUUAAGGAGAAGAUUAGUGAUAAGAUUGAAGAUCAAUGGGAGUCACUAAUGAAUGGGAUUGGAAGAGGAAUCUUGAUUCAGCUUAUUAGUCAAGAUAUUGAUCCUGGUUUGAUUUCAAAUCUAUGCAUAAAUGUUGCUUGUUCUGCUUUUUUUUUCUGA